AUGGGAUCCUUCGCCCGCCAAAUGCACAUGCUUAGCCUCUACACAGAAGAGAAGUUCCUACACUACCAGCUGUCAUCCCCGUUGUGGAAGACCCUGAUGGCGGGCAUGUCGAAUCCCGUCGAUACCCAGCCAAACAUCAACACGUUGCUCACAAACGCAGCAACAUCCGUGAACGAUGCGUUCGAAACGCUGAGAGGCAUAGACAGCUCUAGAACGGAAUCACCAGAGAGCGACGCAUUGCUCACGUAUUAUCACGUCCUAUCUAUCCUGCGGCAGGUGCCACUUCGCAAGCUGUACGAGUUCUCUGGUUGGCAGGUUACAGAGCCUCAAAUCGAAGCGGCGAGAGAAUAUCUCCAGAGAUGGAUGCGAAACAAGCCCUCAAAUGCCCGGAAAUGUCUCUGGCAUGCGGCGGUGGUCUUCAAGAUUCUUCGGAACAAGAAGCACUUUUCGUGCGACAGCCCUUUUUGCAUGUUGGUAGUAGCUCUUUACAUCUGGGCUUUUGACCAAUUUGCGCAACUCAAAGACGGCAUGUCGCCUGGUGAUACGGCCAUUUCCCUUGGGGCGGAUUGGCCAACAAGAGUUGAUCUGCUGCAGGAUGAACAGGAGAUUGACGCGUGGCUGGAAAAUGGAAGCUCGAGUGUUCAUAUCACGGGUGUAGGGGUCCUGAAGAGCACUAACAGUGGUGCUCGGAUGAUCUCCGAGUGUCGAAGGAUUCUUCUGUCUGCCAGUGGCUGGUCGCCGUUGUGUAGUUUCUUGGCUGGGGCUUGGGAACGGGUUUCUGGGGGUGGCCGACCGCACGACUGGAGUGAAAGAUAA